CAGGUCUGACAGCUGCGCAAACCAGCCCAAAUGCCAGCUGAUAGGGUCGAGGUAGUGUGUCAUCAAAGGCAGUUGCAACAUCAUUUCAGUACAGCUCUCUUAAAAGCAUUGACGUUUUAAAUCAACGUCUCUUGGGAGGUGUAUCUUUUUUUUUUUUGAAUGACCAUGGCGAAUUUACCGAGAAGAAACGUGCCUUCUCCACUGCGUCUAACAACGGUGUAGAUUGUGAGUGAGCUAGCUUCCUGGCUAGCUUACGAAGAUCGCAUCAACAGCUAGCUACUGUCAAUUCUUACAAGCUGGUAUCGUGACUCCCAACACCAGCCAUGGGGAUACUGUUUACCAAAUUGUGGAGGCUUUUUAAUCACCAAGAGCACAAGGUUAUCAUCGUGGGCCUGGAUAACGCCGGGAAAACCACCAUUCUUUACCAAUUUUCUAUGAAUGAGGUGGUGCACACCUCUCCUACAAUAGGAAGCAACGUGGAGGAGAUUGUGGUCAACAACACCCACUUUCUGAUGUGGGAUAUCGGAGGGCAGGAGUCCCUGAGGUCGUCCUGGAACACGUACUACACAAACACAGAGUUUGUGAUUGUGGUUGUGGACAGCACCGACCGAGAGAGGAUCUCAGUGACCAAAGAAGAGCUUUACAGAAUGCUAGCACAUGAAGACCUGAAGAAGGCCGGGCUGCUCAUCUUCGCCAACAAGCAGGAUGUGAAAGGUUGCAUGUCUGGGGCUGAGAUCUCCCAGAGCCUCCAGCUGACCUCUGUCAAAGACCACCAGUGGCACAUCCAGGCCUGCUGCGCCCUCACUGGUGAAGGGUUAUGCCAGGGCCUGGAGUGGAUGAUGUCCCGGCUGGGUGUGAGAUGAUGAACUCUGGCCCUCGACCCAGCAGAGCAACCUGGCUCUCUUUUAGCUCCUCCACUAAUUGGACACGGGGUCGGGGGAUGAGGUCGAUGGACGGACCGGGACACCUCCUCUCUGUGACGCCGACUCGACCACCCCAGCCAGCCGGGACCUCGUUUUCUUUCCACGUUUAUUUAUUUUAAAAGAAGAGAAAGGAAAUUCUUACAGACUCUUACCACUCUGAACAAAAGACGCCUGACACGGUCUUGCCGGAGGACUCUGGUUGGAGAGAGGGAAGAAAGGACUGACGUGUAUUUAAAUAACAUUAUUUUUCUUCCUCACAUUGAAUCACAGACGAAAAGACACCCGUCUUGCCGGAUACUUUACCUGGACCCUUUUCUUUAGCUUUGUGUAAUUCCAGCCCUGUGUGGCCUUGCAGUAUUGCCGGACUGGCUGUGUUUGGUUUUUACAGCAGUAAUACAUCCUACACAUCCCUGUUCCUUCUGUGCAGUAUUUACAUUGACCUUGUGCCUGCAUUGGAAUCCUCCCGUGACAACGGCUGACUAUGAUAGAGAUGUGCCGUGAGUGUGGGUGAAAUUACAGCACUGUAUGCCCUGGUCUCAGCCCAUAAUGGAAAAAUACUACCAACAGUGAAAUAAAGUGUUUUUAUCUGUUUUGGGUUGAAUCAAAAUAUCAUUUAUUGAUGUUGUCCUUUUGUUGAUGUUCUUUUUAUUCCAUGGUGGUACGCCAGUGUCGGUUUUUGCUUUUUGUGCAAGACUCGUUUUUGUGGAGCAAAGAGAAGAGGGUUAAAGUUCAAAAGAGGUAAUGGAGAGAGGAUACAACUACUAGGAGGCGAGCAUGUGAAGAGCAGAAACUGGUGGGGACAAGGAUAGAAUCUAGGUUUAAAGUUUUGUUUUGUUUUAUCAAAAGCAUGAUUGACAAAGUGAACCCGUCUCUUUUGACCAUGGAUAAUUCACACUUUAAAAAAAUCUAUAAGCCCAAAGUUGCUCGUAUUUGUAUGAAUUUGUGUUCGUAUAAAUUUGUUUUAUGUAAUAUUUUCUUUAAUGAUUGUCCCCAACAUUUAUUUUAAUAAGGAUACAUAUGACAAAGAAAUGGAUUAACCACUGUACUCUGGAAGCUCACAGCUAACAUAAAGUAUUGCCCUGAUGAGGACUUAAUAACUAAUGGCCUCUACCUGUGUAACUGCACUGUGAAUCAGAACGAUUAAGUGAAUUUAGCCAAUCAGAAAGAGAUGCAUUUGUUUUUAUAACCUUCAGGCUCUUGGGUCAAAAAAUAUGAAGGUAUUGUAGCAUAAGUCUUAUGCAUGCGUAAACUAAAGUCACAAAUGUGUAACAGUAAAUUUGAAGUCCUAAAUAUUUAUUUUGCAUGUGUAGCCUACUCUAAAGUCACAAAUGUGUAACAGCACAUUUGAUGUAAAUAUUUCUUCUACCAUUGUAAACAUAAUAGGGUCUACGAGUUCACAAGUCUGUUAACAGGUGCACAAAUCCUAUCUUGUGCAUGCAUCACAACUUCAAAGAGUCAUGCACUUGACACUUUUGCUACAAUUAUUGCAGCACAGUUGGUGCAAAACACAUUCACACACCCGUGUUUCAUAAUCUGAGAACGUGCACAAAAGUUGUGCAUUCGUAAACCCAAAUGUGAACUAAUGCAUCAGAAGUUGCUGGUUUCUGUUUUUUUAUCUGUGAAAUAUUUCCUCACAGAUGAAAUUAUAUAGAUCGCUAUGUUCAAUGAGCAUUUUAAUGAGCGCAUUUGUUCACAAUUGGGUUUACGAAUGCACACAUUUUGGGCAUGUUCUCAGAUUAUGAAACACGGGUGUGCAAAUGUGUUUUGCGAAAAACUGCGCUGCAAUGAUUGUAGCAAAAGUGUCAAUUGCACCGCAAAUAUUUACGACUUCAAAUGUACUGUUACACAUUUGUGACUUUAGAGGAUACAUGCAAAAUAAAUAUUUACGACUUCAAAUUUACUGUUACACAUUUGUGACUUAAGUGUAUGCAUACAUAAUCUGCAGUUCGAGGCAAAAGACUUUUGCUACAAUAAUACCUUCAUAAAAAAACCUGCUCAUUCUCAUUUGUGCGAAUGAAAUCCAAACCUGCAAAAUCAUCAGACGUAUUAAACAUCCAGGAACCAAGAAGGGUGGUUAACCGCUAAACCAUAUUCUGUAUCGUCCGAUUUUUGCUUCACUACCUUCACAAUAAAGCAAAGAUCUCUGGCUCAUAACGCAGAAAGGUCAGAGAACAUUCAUCGGCUGAUCCCUGACAUGUCUGGUUGAUAUUUUGACUCCGUCAUCAGCUCACUGAAGCACACGAUGAUGCACCAAUCAUCUCGAUUUAGUUCACUUACCUCAAUUGUUUUCGGAAGAGUUUGGGAGGCAAGGUCACUGACUUGCUCGUUGGCAAUGGAUCUGUUGUGGCGGUCUGGCAGCUGUUGAAUUGGGCUGUCGCCCCGAUGGAUCUGAGAGUUGUUCCAGUGACUAGGCAUCACCAAACAACAUCACCCCCCUUCAUUUUCUUCCCAUUCGGUGGCUGUUCACCCGACAAGUCAUUAAAGUUGUGUGGCAAUUAAAAUAAACCUGAACAUGUAGAUAUUAAAUACCUUUAGUUUAAAUCUGCCAUGUAUUUCAUGUCCGUCGGUUUUUGAAAUGUGUGACUUUGCUAAUUAGCACUCCACUAGCAGUGGUGAUGAGGUACAUCACAAAAUGGGGAGGCUACAGUGGCUGCAUUCUCAAGGGUUCAGCUGUGGCUGUCAUUAAGAGGCUUCUAGCUCCCAUCUCCUGGCAUGAACGACUGAGGACGGUCAGGCACGACGUACCAAUAAAAGGAACAUCAAGCUAAGAAGAAAAAAUCUUCCAAGGCAUUGCAAAUUCCAUCGAGACAUCAUUCACCUACAAUUGCUAGUCCUUGCGCUCGAUCCUCCCAGGAUUCAGUGACUAAUUAUAAAGAUGGCCACUGUAUUUAAACUGUACAGGAAUUCUGCCCUGGAAUAGUUCUUGAUGUAUUUUUAUAGCGGUUAGAACUCUUUAUAUCUGCUAGGAUCCGAUUGGGGUCAUGAAAAUGGCAGCUGUCAUUGUGCUUUGAUAGGGUUCAGACACUCUUUUGGUAAGAUUUAAAGUUGUCAGAUAACUACAUGGUCCCCAUGGUAGUUAAAUGUAAACCUGCUGCUAAACAUUUCGGAAGCUGAGGAAGCAAUAGAGCAAUGACUAAUUUGAGUGAAUG